CGUGACUUCCUGAAGGGGCAGGGCAGUUUUAAAAAUAUUGUCGGAAUCAGUGGCAAAACAUCCAAUUAAGGCGUGACCUUCAAAAGGGAACAAUAAAGAAAUCAAAAUGGCAGAUGAAAGCGGAAUGCCCUCCACCUAUGAAACAAAAACAACUACUACAAGUAGCUCAUCUUCGGGACCACGCAUUAAUGUGAAUGUAGACUAUAUUAAAACUAUACCAGGAAUCCUCAAAAUUGUAGAAAUUGUGUUAAGUUUGAUCACAUUCAUAUGUGGAGUGAUUUGGCCGUGGUGGCAAGCCCAGGGUGGAGCCUGGAAUGGUUUCGUUUCCAUGACAUCAUUCAUUUGUUGUAUCGUCUGGUUGCUCCUACACGUCAGCAGUUUGAUCAGCCAGUUACCAGGACCAUGGAUGCUCAUCGAGUUCAUCUACUAUUGCGUGUUCACUCUGUUUUUCCUCAUCUGUGGUAUUGUGGCUGCAGUCCGGGGCCAUUGGCACUCAUCCAUUGGGGCUACUGCAUUUUUCGCAUUUGCAACAACAGCAGUUUACGCAGUUGACACAUUUUUCCAAUUCCGUAACUGGAGAGCAAAUGGAGGAUUGACCACAUCAUCAGGGGGUGGUACCUCUACAGGAACCACCACCGUUACAACAACCGAGACCACCCAACAAUACUAAACAAACCAGUGACAAAAAACAUCAAUGAAAUAUCACAAUGGUCAUUAUUAUUUCUAGUGUGAAAUCAAGUUCAAGUAAAGAGAAAUUACCCAGGGUUAAAGUUUAUAGGAAUUGAGUUCUGACUCAAUUUUGUAUGGAUUGUAAGAAACGUAGCGACUUUAUUCAAAUAUUAAAGAGAAAAUGUGUGAAAUAAUAUGACCAUAGGGUUGUUUUAAGAACGAUCAGUUAUAAGGUUUCAUCAUAUCUAUCAUAUUUAUACAUGGGAUGUUAUAAUUAUUAUUUAAAGGAAUCCACAAGAUAUAGAAAUAUACAGAAUUUUAAGCACAUGUUUUUCCUGGGGGAAUGUUUUAAGCGAAUGUUUGUGCUGGGAAGAUAGUUUCCAAAUGCCUGUGGAAAUAACAUUUUAUAUCAUUUAAUCAUUUGGAUAGCUCUUGGCUCAACAUACCAUAUCAUGCUUUAAAAUGUGCCUUAUGUGUAUAACCUUAAGAGUUGUUGAUUUAUGAAGAAUAGGAAAUAAAUAAACCAGUCUAAAACUUAUGGUUGUGAUAUCACAAUUAAAGCGCUGAUUAUUAUCACUCAUAAAAGUGUUACACAAUUAUUGUAAGACCAACCAGGAAAAUCCUGCAUUUAUUACAGCAUCUAGCUGUCUAGAAAAGUGUGACAACAAUCCAGCCUGUAACACAUAGCUGUCUAGAAAAGUGUGACAACUUUCCAGCCUGUAACACCCAGCUGUCUAGAAAAGUGUGACAACUAUCCAGCCCGUAACAAAGUCAUGCAAGUCUUCAAAUGUUCAAUGGUCAUUUCAUUUGUAUCGUAUUCCGUAGGGAAUGAUUAAAACUGAGUUUAAACUGUGUUGAUUUUAUACACUUACAUGGAUAAUGUUGAAUGUUUGUUACCUUUUUAUUAUUCCAAACCUUGCCAUGACAUGUUAACAAAGGAGGAUAAGUGGAUCCCAUAGUUCAACUGUCGAUAGAUUCAUGUGCUAACAAAGGAAGAUUAGUAAAUCCCAUAGUUCACCACUACCAGGCAAGACCCUUAUGUGCUUUAAAAAUCAUACAUACCAGAGGGACCUUAUACAUGUAUAUGCAAUUAUACAUACCCCAAUCUUCUGUCAUUCAUCUUCGUUGGUCACUGACAGAUGGGCUUAUGGUUUUACUAUGUCC